AUGAUAUCUGGGACUGAGGAAGAGUAUGGGGAAAGAGAAAUGUUGUUGGGAGAAUUAACAGAGCUGGGGGCGGAAAAUGAAAAGAAAGAAAAGAAGAUGAAAGAUGAAAAAAAAGAUGAACAGGGUGAUGAAGUCCGCAAAGCCGCCAUUGCAACUUUGAAAGAGCAAUCUAUUGCUAUUGAUGAUAAUGGUGAAAGCACUAGUAAGAAGCGAAAGAAGAGUAAUUUGAGCGCAGAUUAUGUCAAAUUUUUAAAGGAGAAAAAUGACCGUGAAAUGGACUUAAAAAAGGAGCAACUGGAGUUAGAGAAGGCGAAAUUUGAAUGCGAAAGGAAAGAAAGGGAAGCCAGGACA